AUGCCUUUCAGAUCUUCCAAUGAUGGCCUCGAUUUUAGAGUUCACCACAAGCACCUUGAAGAAGAUCUUGAAUUUCUUCGCGGGCUAUCACCUGAAUGCUGCUCCAACCUGACAAAGCUGUCUGUUUGCUUGCAUUUGCACGGCGGAUACCCAUCCUCGGCCAAGUGUAUCCCUCUCAGUCAAAAACAUAUCGCCGACUGGCAAGCCGCUGCCAAACACGUUCUCUCUAAUGCUACACCGGGAAAAUUGAAGCUAGAUCUGGUAUGCGAUACAGGAGAGGAGGACAGCGAAUCGACCUCAGCGGUCCUCCAACCCCUGCUAGAUUUCGCCGGUGUCCUGGCCGAGUGUGAACUUCGAUUGCAUGACAAGCAAAAUAGUCGCAUAUCCAAGUAUGCUGAAGAGGUAGCUCUUCGUGCUAAAGGGUCGAAUGCGAGUUUACAAAGGCCUUUCCCGUUCAUGCAACUACCACCGGAAAUUAGGCACGAGAUACUAAAAUACACAGACCUAGUCGCGCCAAUGAACCAGGUCCAAUGGAGUCCAAACGAUGGCUUCCACAUUUGUCGCUGGAUUGAUUGCAUCCAUGACGAAUGCAGGGAUUACCUUAAGGAUCGUUGCUCCAAGUGCCAACCUCUGGGCUGCUUGAAGCCUGAACAUGGUUGGCGUGAGGCCCGGGUCGACUUCUGUCGUCUUGUUUGUAGCGGUUAUUCACCGCGCUGUCGGUGUUGGACUCCGCCACGAUCUCUGAUGCUCGUUAAUCGUACCAUGUACCAGGAAGCAUGCGACGUCUUCUACAACUAUAACCGCAUUAUCGUAUUUCCUAUAGUUCUCCAUGGACAUCACGUAACUCACGCUUCGUUCGGAACUAAACGACGCCCGAUACAGUUACCGAUAUCGCAAUUCAUUCUAAGAUAUAGGCAGCCAAGCAUCCUGUCUCGUCUGCGUUGUCUUGAGAUUGUAUUUCCGCCCAUCGAUCUGGACGCAUACCUCGAGGAAUCCAACCCUCUAUAUUCGGAUUGGUUGCUUGCUAUAGACAUUCUCAGAGUCCAUGCGAAUGUGUCCAACUUGAAAAUUAAUAUUCAUAUGAUGUUUCAUGGGUCUAACAACUGGACAUCUGACUAUUUCGUCCGUCAAAUGAACCUGUCAGACAACAAUACUGAAUCUUUAUUUAAGAUCCAUAAACGCCUUUUGGAGCCAUUGCAGGCAUUGCAAAAUAUGAAGAGUCUUUAUGUCCAUUUAGAGUGGCCGUGGCAUUGGAAUUUGAAGGGACGCCAGGCACCUGAAACCUGGCUGGAGCAGACUGUCAUGGGUGAUGAAUACGAUAGCCAUGCGAUUGGAAAGUCGGACCAAACACCAAGUAACUGGCUUAUUAGGGAAUGGAAAACGUUUGUUUACUGGGAUCUUGCUUCCGUUUAUUAA